AUGAAACCAUUCCAUGAUAUAACUUUCUGUACAACAUGUAUCAAGGAUGAAACACUCUUCAAGUCUAUAUACAAAAAAAUCAUCAAAUUAGGCGGUACUUGUUCAAAUGAUCUGACAAGAAAAGUUAACGUACUCAUCAUCGGUAAUUCUAACGAUGCCAUACAUUCUCCAAAAUACAAAUUUGCAGCAAAAUCAAGAAAUGACAUCAUUUUCAUCUAUUAUAGAACGAUUCUAGAACUCUACCAACUCUGGAAAUCAGGUAAUGACAUUACACUUCAAUCUCAUUAUAAAUUUAAAUCAAUUAAAAAUGAUAGAAUUAGAAUGUUAAACGUAUUAGAUUUAAAAUUCUCAUUUUUCACAUUGAAAAAUUUUUAUAUCUUUAUUGGUAGAAUCCAUAAUUUUCAUAAUAUUGAUGGUAUUCAAGAUUUAGAUCAUAUUGCAAAUCAAUUAAAUUGUAUUAAUUGUAAUUCAAAAGAUUUCAGGAAAGAUAUCAAAUCAAAUUAUCCAAAUAGUGAUAUUAUUUUCAUUAAUGAUAAUCUAGAUGGUUAUAGAACAAAAGCUGCAAUAGAAUUAAAUAUCCCAAUCGUUCAUUAUAAAUGGUUAUUAGAUUGCCAAAAGAGAAACGCAAUCUUGCAAUAUGAUCCUUACUAUCUUGUAGAAAAUGUACAAGAUAAACCAUUCGAUAAGAUUGGCUCGGAUGCUUACGAUUUUUGGGAUCAAAUCGGCGAAAUGAAGCCAACUAGUCUUUUAGUGAAUGAAUCAACCACAUCUCAUGUCAAUUUAACAAAUAAAUUCAAACCACAAGCCGACAAACUAUGGAAUAGAGCAUUAUCUUCCACUGAAAAUUCAUCUGUCACGAGAGAAAAUAAGCAUAAUUCAAUGGAUCUUCAAAUGGAUGCAAACGAUUCAUCCAAAGAUUCAAACAGAAUUUUUCAAAAUUGUAUCUUUCAAAUUCAUGAUAAAUUCCCUCAAAAACAUCAUGAUAUCCUCUUCAAAGUCAUUACUGAAAAUGAAGGUAUCAUUUCCACUUCAGAUUCUUUAGAACCACAAUAUCUAAUUGUACCAAGUAACAUACCAUUAGAUGAGAUUGAUCUCCCGAAGGAUAUUCACCCUUCUUUAGUCACAGAUUUCUUCAUAGAAAGAUGUCUCCAUUACAAAAAAUUAAUUAGUCCAAUAGAUUCAUGGUCCAAACCUUUUUUUCAAACGAAAAAUUUCAAAAUAUCAUCCACUUUAAACAUUUCGAAUAAUCAAGUAUUAAACAUCUCUAUAACUGGGUUUUAUGGCGUAGAACUCUUACAUCUGACUAAAGUUUUCAAAAUUUUGAAACCAAUGGGUAUCAAUUUUACAGAGUAUCUGAAUGUGCAAACUGAUGUCUUACUAAUAAACAUCUCAUCUUUAUCAAGUAUACCCAUGUCACACCCACUGUGGCAAAAUGAAUAUAGUGACCUUUUCAAACAGAAUUUACAAAAUAAUAACUUAAGCCCUGUCUUCAGAAAUUCUAUGAAGAAAAAGAUUGAAUUUAUCAAAAAUAAUCAUUUCAUACCUGUGGCAACACCUGCCUUCUUAAUGGACAUAUUCAAACACACAUCGUCUCAAUACCUUCCCCGCCAGAAACCUACUGUUUCAUUAAACAAUGUUAACUGGUGUAUAAUGUGUCCAAAGGGUGAACCAACCAAGUUUAAUGUCAAAAUUUUACCCACUAACAACAUGGUAUCAGAUAAUUAUAAAGUCGACACUACCGUUUGGAAAACAAAUCAAACGACGUCCAAUUUAAAAGACACUGCAAAAGAAGUCGUCAGUAAGAUAAAGUCGUCUAGCUCGUCAAAUCCACAACGAACGAAAAGAAAUUUUUCAGUUUCUGUUAAAAGUGAAGAAAUACGAAUAGAUCCAGUCAUAAAACGGGCAAAAUUACAAGAAAACAAGCAUAUACAAAACGUCAAGAGAAGCUCCAGUUGGGGUACUAUGAUGUCAAACGAAACUUUCGAUAAUAAUAACGACAACCACGAUAAUGAUGACAACAGCAUCCAAGCUACAGCGCAAAAUGAUAGUUUUGGUAGCCAUACUCAAAUAACGUACGGAAGUUCCACAACUACUACGAGUGUACCGUCAAAAAGGUUGACCAGAAAUAACGUCAAACAACUAGAUUUGUAA